AUGACAAAUAGCCCAACAUUAUCAUCAUUAGAUCAAUCAUGGACAUUAUUCAAACGCAUCUAUAACAAACAACAUAAUUCAAUCGAUGAUGAACAAGCUCGACAUAAUUUAGAAGCUGAUUUAGGUAUUCAUACAUACACUAUGAAAGUGAAUCAAUUUGCCGAUCUCACACUUGAAGAAUUUGUUAAAAAAAUGAAUACACUGAAAAUAAAUGAUCAAAAGAGAAAAAAUAAAAAAUUUGAUAUUCCAUCAAAUAUUGUUCUUCCAUCAUCUGUUGAUUGGCGCACAAAAGGAUAUGUGACACCAGUUAAAAAUCAAGGACAAUGUGGCUCGUGUUGGGCUUUUUCAACAACUGGGUCACUUGAAGGACAACAUGCUAAAAUAUCUAAAAAUCUUAUUUCUUUAUCUGAACAACAGCUUGUUGAUUGUUCCACAAACUACGGAAAUUAUGGUUGUGAAGGUGGACUUAUUGAUCCAUCAUUUCAAUAUAUUAAAGAUAAUAAUGGUAUUGAUUCUGAAGAUAGUUAUCCUUAUGAAGCCAAAGAUUCAAAUUGUCGAUUUAAUAUUAAAAAUGUUGUUACAAAUGUUACUGAUUUUGUCGAUAUAAAAUCUCAAUCAGAAAUAGAUCUUCAAUAUGCACUUGCAACUGUUGGUCCAAUAGCAGUAGCUAUUGAUGCUAAUCAUGAUUCAUUUCGUUUUUAUUCAUCAGGUGUUUAUUCUGAAGCAAGUUGUUCAACAACAUUACUUGAUUUUUCUCUUUUGGCUGUUGGUUAUGAUACAACUAAAGAUAAUUUAGAUUAUUAUAUACUUAAAAAUCAAUGGACAACUAAAUGGGGUAAUCAAGGUUAUGUUUGGAUGAGUAGAAAUAAAGAUAAUCAAUGUGGAAUUGCAACUAUGGCUAGUUACCCACUUGUUUAA